AUGAAUUUGGUCAAGUAAUUGUUGCUGUAUUAAAUAUUAGUAAAUUGAAAAAAGUUGGGCAAGAACAACAAUACGAUAUUGGGCAUGUUUGGAUACAAGAUUAUAGAAUGGGACAAUUUAUUUAGAGAUAUGAGGAAAAUAAGAUAAUUCAGUGA